ACGUGUGUCCAAAAUGCCGAAGCGAAAACUAGAAAAAUUGGAGCAGUGUCGAUUGGCAAAGCUGCGAAAGAAGCUCACUAAACUCGAAACGUUGCUGGGCACAGUUUCCUCAGAGAGUUCUCAUUCAGAGCAGUCCGAUGAGCAGUUCGACCAGUCUGAAUUCGAGACACAUUCAGACUCCUCUGUGUCUGUUCAGUCUACAGACGUCCCCCAGCAACCAACAACACCACCAAGACUGCCAAAGGAACUCGAUCUCCACCCAGAAUUUGUCUCCUUACUGGGUGUCGAUCCCAAUACAGCUAAUAGCCAGGAUACGAGUCUUAAUGAACAUCUGGUGAAAAGAUGGUCCAGUUAUGCAUCACUGAAUUACAAAGCAAGGGAGCAAUUGAAGAAUGCAAAUACUGUCCAGAGGAGAUUCUUUCUCCUUAUUUCCUGGUUAAAAAACCAAAUGGCUCAAAUCGGUUUAUUCUAAAUCUACGACAUCUUAAUACCUUCAGUACGGCUCCUCAUUUUAAGUUAGAAGAUUACAGAUCGGUAAAACAUCUUUUGACCUCAAAUGCAUUCAUGGCCACAAUUGAUCUGCAGGACGCCUACCUUAUUAUUCCAGUAGAGAAGAGCUCUCGUAAAUAUCUUCGUUUUAAGUAUGGUCAAACAUUAUUUCAGUUUGCAUGCCUACCCUUUGGACUCUGUACUGCACCGUUUGUAUUCACGAAGCUUUUAAAACCCCUUAGUUCCUUCCUUAGGGAAAGAGGUUAUUGUUCGGUAUUUUACCUGGAUGACCUGUUGUUAAUAGCGGAUUCUAGGGCUGAAUGUUCUACAAAUGUCAGAGUAACUGUCACACUUUUGGAACGCUUAGGCUUUGUUAUUCAUCAGGACAAAGGUUGCUUAAUACCCCAGCAACAAUGUAAAUUUUUGGGUUUCUUUUUUGAUAGCACCAAUUUAACUAUUACAUUGCCCUUAAAUAAAA